GUCGGGGAAAAAGGUCAUCUUCGAUUCUUUCUUCUCUUCCCCUACCUUAAAUCUUAGGAGUAAUCAUGUCCGAUCGAACAACUCUUUGUGUUUUAGGAGCAACUGGAUUCACGGGAAAGUUUGUUGCUUUGGAAGUUGCUAGACAGAUUAGCGUCUUGCACAAAUCUACCUCGUCCCCUUUUCAAUGGUCAAUCGCAGGUCGUAGAAAAGAUGCUUUGGAAGCAGUACGUGAAGAGAUCAAACAACUGGUAGGAGCAUCUUCAAAGAAUGACGAAACAAACGUUCAAAAAGGUCUCUUGCCUUCCAUUGUGAUCGCAGAUGUGAACAAUAUUGACUCUCUACGCACCUUAGCAAGUGAAACACGUUUGAUCUUGAAUUGCGUCGGUCCUUACUACAAAUUUGGUGAAAAUGUCGUCUUGGCAACGAUUGAAGCAAGCGAAAAGCUAAAGAAAUCCAAUCGACCUCCUGUUCAUUACAUUGAUUUAUGCGGAGAACCCAACUUUAUCGAACGAAUUAUUUUGGAAUAUCGCGAGCGUGCAAAAUUGGCUGGAUCUAUCAUCUUACCCGCCUCAGCCUACGAUUCUGUACCGGCCGAACUUGGUACCAUCUUUGCCGUUUCACUUUUGGGUAAAGGUGUCACACCAGCAAGCGUAGAAAUGAUGGCAACUUUCAAUACAAACGGUGGUUGGUUGGCAGGACACUUUGCAACUUAUGCAUGUGUUGUAAAUGGAAUAUCGCCUUCUGGUCGUCAAUUACUCUCUCGCAUCCGCAAAAAGCUGUAUGCCAAUUUACCCAAAGCAACACCUAAAGUUGCCACAAAAGGAUUCUCAGCCGGUAUUCCUAAGCGUCAAAAGCGUCUGGGCAUACUAACCUACGAUGAAGAACAAGAUGCUUUGCUAUUACCACAUAUGGCCGCUGAUCCAGCUGUUGUUCGAUUGGGUCAAUCUUUGACGAUGGAGAAUGAUCCCAAGUUUGAGCCUGUCAAGUUUGUAGGCUGGUUCGCAGUUCCGUCUCUAUACAUUGCUCUCUUCAUGGCAUUCUAUGGCAUGUUGAUCAGCUUCUUCUCCAAGUUUGAAGUCGGUCGAUCAUUACUACUCAAAUACCCCAAAUUCUUCACUGGAGGUGUUUUUUCUCACGAAGGACCUACACAAGAACAACUGGAUAACACACAAUUCUCCAGCACAUUUAUCGCAAGAGGUGUUUCCCAUACGGCCCUACAAGAAAAGACAUCCCGUGAACCAGACGUGAAAGCUGUCGUUCGAGUUCGUGGUCCUGAGCCAGGAUAUGUUUCAACGCCAAUCUUGUUCGUUUCCGUUGCAAGAGCAAUUUUGGUACACGAAAAAGACAUUAUUCCCGGGGUUUCUACACCGGGUGCCGCAUUACGAAACACUACUUUGAUCAAAAUGAUCAAUGAUGACGGUCGAAUCAAAUUUGAUCGAAUCGAAUAAGAUAUGAAAUGGCAUUGUAAUUUGAAAAUUUGAUUGAUUGAUUGAUUAUAAUACAAAUGAUGAGUGCUUU